AAAAAAAAGAAUACUUUAUAAAAAAAAAUUAAUACAAAAUUUAAAAACUUCAACAAAUUUCAAAAACGGUGCGAAACCUAACUGCUAAACGUUUGAAUUAAUGACUCCGCAAAUUCUUAAAUAUACAACAAAUAAAUAAUCAAAACACAGCGAAAAGUAUUUAAAUUAAUCGCCAGUCAUCGGUUCAUCACGUAUACUUGAGUACAUAAAUACUCGUAUCAAAGCCGGAUUGUGAAAUAAAAUGAAAAAUACAUCAAAACGUGAUGUUGUUGUAAGACCACUACGUUGUUUAAUUAAUGGAUGUGCGCGUGGUGCCGAAUUAGGUAUAACAGCACCGUUAAAACUCUCGACACAGUGGACACGAAUGUUACGGAUGCAGGCAACACCAAAAAUACGACCUGACGAUUUACUGCAGGCAGCAGAGUCAGGAAAUUUGGAUGAGUUUAAGCGGCUAUAUCAGUCGGAUAAUGGACGUUUGUCGAUAAGGGAUAGUAAGGGGCGCACAGCAGCACAUCAGGCAGCGGCACGAAAUCGUGUAAAUAUUUUACGAUACAUAAAUGAUCAGCGUGCAGAUCUCAACGCUACAGACAAUGCGGGCAAUACGCCGCUACAUGUGGCAGUUGAGAACGAUUCAUUGGACGCACUUAGUUACCUACUUUCUAUACCCGUCAACACCGGCCUACUCAACGAGAAGAAACAAGCGCCAAUACAUUUAGCAACCGAACUGAAUAACGUACAGGCACUACGAGUUAUGGGAAAAUAUCGCAAGGAUAUCGAUAUAAAACAAGGCGGCGAACAUGGACGCACAGCUUUGCAUUUGGCCGCCAUCUACGAUCAUGAGGAGUGCGCCAGAAUACUGAUAACCGAAUUCGAAGCAUGUCCCCGCACACCUUGCAACAACGGUUAUUAUCCCAUACACGAAGCGGCUAAGAAUGCCAGCUCCAGAACGAUGGAGGUCUUUUUGCAGUGGGGCGAGCAACGCGGACGUUUGCGCGAGGAAAUGAUGUCCUUCUUCGACUCUGAGGGCAAUGUGCCGCUACACUCGGCCGUGCAUGGUGGCGAUAUCAAGGCGGUGGAACUAUGUCUGAAAUCAGGCGCUAAAAUUUCUAAGCAGCAACAUGAUCGCUCGACGCCAGUGCAUUUGGCUUGUGCACAGGGUGCCAUCGAAAUUGUCAAACUUAUGUUCAGCAUGCAACCAUCGGAGAAGCUCACUUGCCUCAGCUGCACUGAUGCUCAGAAGAUGACACCACUUCACUGCGCAGCCAUGUUUGAUCACCCAGAUAUUGUCGAGUAUCUGGUGAAGGAGGGCGCUGACAUUAAUGCGCUCGACCGGGAACAUCGCUCACCGAUUUUGCUCGCCGCAUCGCGCAGCGGUUGGAAAACUGUACAUCUGCUAAUACGUCUCGGUGCCGGCAUUAAUGUCAAGGAUGCAUCUUCACGCAAUGUCUUGCACUUUGUGAUCAUGAAUGGUGGUCGGCUGCCAGAGUUCGCUGAAGAGGUGAACAAGACACAGUCACAUUCUCAACUCGUACAGCUACUCAAUGAGAAGGAUGCUUCAGGCUGUUCGCCUUUACACUAUGCCAGUCGUGAUGGGCACAUACGUUCGCUGGAAAAUCUAAUACGUCUGGGUGCUUGCAUUAAUCUCAAGAAUAACAAUAAUGAAAGUCCUUUGCAUUUUGCCGCACGUUAUGGACGUUUUAAUACGGUUAAACAGUUACUUGAUUCGGAGAAGGGUUCUUUCAUAAUCAACGAGAGUGAUGGAGAGGGUUUGACACCGUUACAUAUUGCCUCACAGCAGGGUCACACACGUGUUGUACAGUUACUGUUAAAUCGGGGCGCUCUCUUGCAUCGCGAUCAUAAUGGACGCAAUCCUUUACAUUUGGCGGCGAUGUCCGGUUAUAUACAAACGAUUGAGUUAUUGCAUUCUGUACAUUCACAUCUGCUCGAUCAGGUCGAUAAGGAAGGCAACACCGCACUUCACUUGGCCACAAUGGAGAAUAAACCGCACGCCAUCUCCGUGCUACUUUCAAUGGGUUGUAAACUGUUCUACAACAAUAUCGACAUGAGCGCCAUCGAUUAUGCCAUCUAUUACAAAUAUCCCGAAUCAGCGUUGGCUAUGGUGACACAUGAGAAUCGUGCCAAUGAGGUGAUGGCAUUGCGUUCCGACAAGUAUCCAUGUGUUAUACUGGCACUAAUCGCAUCGAUGCCAAAGGUGUUCGAGGCUGUGCUAGAUAAAUGCAUAACAAAGGCGAAUUGCAAGCGUGAUUCCAAGAGUUUCUACAUAAAAUAUUCGUUUUCCUUUCUGCAAUGUCCUUUCAUAUAUGAGAAAUUGGAUGAGAAAACCGACGAAACGUUAGUUCAUUCGAAUUUGACACCAUUGCCGGCGUUAAAUACGAUGGUCACCCAUGGUCGUGUCGAGCUGCUCGCCCAUCCGCUGAGUCAAAAAUAUCUACAAAUGAAAUGGAAUUCUUACGGCAAAUACUUUCAUCUCGUCAAUUUGCUGAUCUACUCAAUUUUUCUAUUAUUUGUGACAAUUUUUUCUACGUUGAUGAUGAACGAAAUUCGUCCGUCAUUUUCGAAUGCGUCCAUGUUGGAGAAUGCAAAUGUAUCACAGGCCAAUGACAGCAAUUUAGAUCUCCAAAAGAAUCUCAGUAAUAAUGAAUGGCCCAAAAACCCCGCUGGUGGAGGGCACGAAUCGUUUGCAAUGAAAUACGGUGAGUCUUACGAGUGCCUACAACACACCACCGCUUUGGUCUUUUGCGCCGUCGCAAUUGUCGUUUAUAUUGGCUGCAAUUCUCUACGCGAGUUUCUACAAAUGUACCAACAACGGCUGCACUACAUAUUCGAGAUUGACAAUUUAAUAUCGUGGAUUCUAUACACAUCCGCAUUGAUUAUGGUGUGGCCGGUUUUUUUUGCCGAAGGCAAUAUAACGCCGGUGCACUACUCAGCGGCGGCAGUGGCAGUGUUCUUGUCGUGGUUUCGUCUAUUACUUCUGCUCCAGCGUUUCGAUCAGGUCGGCAUUUAUGUGGUGAUGUUCUUGGAGAUUCUGCAAACUCUGAUCAAAGUGUUGAUCGUCUUUUCGAUUUUGAUCAUCGCUUUCGGUUUGGCAUUUUACAUUCUCUUGUCGAAGUGUGGCAUCUAUGCUGUUUUACAGAUCAACGAUGCUCAGCCGAAUCAUUUGUCCUUUUCGAACAUACCGAUGUCACUGUUGCGCACCUUCUCCAUGAUGUUAGGCGAACUCGACUUUGUGGGCACCUAUGUUAACACCUACUACCGCGAUCAAUUGAAGGUGCCAAUAACAUCUUUCCUCAUUUUAUGUGUUUUCAUGAUUCUUAUGCCAAUUCUACUCAUGAAUCUACUUAUCGGUUUGGCGGUUGGCGACAUCGAGUCUGUACGACGCAACGCGCAGCUCAAGCGCUUAGCUAUGCAGGUGGUCUUACAUACUGAGCUGGAGCGCAAAUUACCUCAAAGUUGGCUACCGAAAGUUGACAAAGUCGAGUUGAUUGAGUAUCCAAAUAACACAAAGUGCAAGCUCGGUUUCCUUGACUUCAUUCUACGCAAAUGGUUUUCAAAUCCCUUCAGUGAGGAUUCUUCAAUUGAUACGAUCUCAUUCGAGAGCAACGAUGAUUUCAUUAACAAUGAAUUGGAGCGUCAGCGUCGUAAAUUGCGUGACAUAUCACGUCUAUUGGAUCAGCAGCAUCAACUCUUGCGCUUGAUCGUGCAGAAAAUGGAAAUCAAAACUGAAGCCGACGAUGUCGACGAAGGUGUAUCGCCUUGUGAUCUAAAGGCUGUUUCAAAUUAUGGCACUGGACCGGCGCCAGGCUCACGUUGGACCUCGCCGCGCAUACGCAAUCGGUUGCGAGCGGCGCUAAGCUUCAAUAAAAGUAUUUAUGAAUAGAAGCAGCUGAGGAAAUAUGAAAUAAAUAACAUACAUACUUAUGCAUAUUAAUAGCACGUAAUAUGUUGUACCUAGGAUAAAGAGGAGCUUGUUUGUUUGACACUAUAUAACACUCCUUAUGCAUUUGUUGUUGAUUUAAAAUUUAAAACACAUAUUUACUAAAUGAGUUAUGUAUACAAGUCAUAUAAUACUUGCCUGUUCACGAAUAUUGUAUUUCAAGAACGAAUUCUAACCUCAAAUUUCUCACUCUCCAACUAUGGUAUAUCUAAUAAUUUAUAUUUUCAUCUUAAUCACCAUAACGGAGCUUUUCGUUGUUGUAAUAGUAACUUCUAAGUGUAUAAAAGGGAAUUUACUUGGAGCUUGAUUCCAAUAUGCGGUCCUGGCCUUCUCGAUUUAUAGAAAUUUCAAUUUUGUGGAGAAAAAGUCAGUCAAUUUAGCCAACAUAAUUUGAAAUAUCAUAAUUGUUGUUGUUGUAGCGGCAGAAAAUUUUUCUCACAUAAUAUUGUAUAAUGCUGCCACCUUGACAGUCUUUAACCGGAUGAAAAACCGAGUCUGUCCCGGUAACGUGAACACGAAUGUCAUUGGAACGGUCUGAAAUAAGAUCUUAGAUAACGGAUAUCUGAACUUUUUUGUAAUUUGGGGUGUUCUAAUACCACUAGUUAAUACUUUUAUAGUUACUUUGCUCUCUCCACAAGUGGUACUCUGGAUUAAAUGAGAAAGAAUGCUCCCUGUCAAUGUUCUUUAGUAUAAAACGUCGGAGAUACUUGAUGAAAUGUUAUUAUUACUGUUGUAACGAUUAUCGAGACCCAUAACGCGGAGAAGCGACUCGAAAUCACACAAAUUAUAAAAAUAAUUAUUAUUUAUGUACAUACAGGGUUGCAAUUCAAAAAUAAUUGAAUUAACAAUUUUUGCUAAUAUUAAAUCCCAAAUAUCGGAUUAAAAAAAUUUUAAUCACACGCUUAUUGUAAUAUUUAUAUAAAAAUAGUUUUAGAAUUUCAAUUUCGAUUUAUAUAUAUGAUUAAUUUUUAAACGAAAAUUAGAAAAUUUUGAAUCCCAAGCAACUAGUAGAUUUUCAAUUUUUAAUUUCCAAUUUUAGCAAAUUAUAUUCUAACUUUUUAAUGAAAAUUUUUUUCAUUAAAAAAACCCCAUCCUUGAAAAGACACAAUGGUAAUAUCCACACACAUACAUAGUUGCAUGUAUACAUAAUCAUAUCUGUAUGUGCUGUUGUUGGCAAUGCGCUCGGCUAAAUGACUUUAUUCACUUCUAGAGUUGUAGGAAAUACAUACGUUAUUUGUUUAUGAUAUAUGUAUAUGUAUCUAUACCUACAUAUGUUUAUAGUAUAAUAGAAGAUGUCAAGGGAAGUUUUGUAUGAGAAAUAAGUAGGUAUAUAUUGAACAUGUAUGUAUGUAUAUUUACACACAGGCGAUUACAGGUAUACAAUGACAUAAAGGCGGCUGCCGGAAAGACGAAUUUACAAUUUUGUCUAGAAUAUACUAAUAAAAUAGCAAAAUGACUACAAAAAAAAAAGAAAAUAUGUUCAAAAGAAAUUUUAAUGUUUUUAUGUAUUUCAAAUUGUUUUGUGAUAAAUGUUUGCUGUGUCUAUAAUGUUUAUAAAUUCAUUUACACGAAUAUACAUUAAUAUUUUUAAUCACAGUACAUAAAACAAUACACAGGCAUAAAUUCACUAAACAAGGCUGCGUGGUUUAUCCUAAUAUAUGUAUGUAUGUAUGUUUUUUUGUUGUUUAAACCAUUUUUGCCGUAUUUAUAUGUAUAUCUACAGUUUAAGCAGUAUAUAUGCUUGAAUUUUACAGCGGCAAAAAGGAAUUGUAUUAGAUACACAAGAAAAGUGUAUGAAAGUUUUUUGAAAAAAUGCAUAUUUUUGCUGGAAGGAACCUUGAAAUGAUUAACAUUUUAAAUAAAUUAUACUAUGAUAAUUGGUUAAAUAAAAAUUAUUGUAAAAUUGAUGUUGAUAAAAUAAAUAUACUUCAACUGAAAAUAAACUGCUGGUGUUCUGUAUUUAUGGCUUGUAAAAAUAUUAGGCAAAAUAAUAAAAUAGGAGGAAAAAAUGCGACAGAUUUACAGAAGCUUAUCUAGUUCCAUUUUUCAUUAAGAACGAGCUUUCUACAUCCAUUUUUUAGAUAAUUACAUUGGUGUCUUAAAUUAUAUAAUAUAUGUAUAUUUAAAGGUACCCGAUUUGGUUGCACAUAGUGUACUACAUUUUGUAUAUUUUGUAAUGGGACGCGGACGAAACUGUCCCUGCAUUGGAAAAGCUAAGCGAAGGACAACAACAAAUAUAUAGAAUAUAUAAUUAAAUACCUAUGUAUACUUGCAAACACAUCAAGUUUCAAUUAUUAAUUUAAUUGUUCACAACAAUUAGUGCAAUGUAGCAACUAGGUUGGUAAACCAAAAAAACUCCAGGUCUUUCCAUAAACACGGUAUGGGAAAUGCUCUUUAUUUUAAAAAAAAGGUAGGUAAAUAAGAAUACAUACACAUAUACGAUUGCGAUCUAUCCUGAAGUAUAAUUUUAUGCAGACUUUACAAGUUAACUAGAGUUAAAUUGCUGUUUAUACAAAUAUUUAUUCAAAACAAAGCUAGAAACACUAAGACGAACGAGCGCCAUCUAGCGUC